GAAUGGUCCUGCCAGAAGCUGGAUGCUGGAGAUCUCAGCGACGAUACGCAGCUGCCUUUCUGCGAUGCCCUUUACAGCUGGCCCUUCUUCAAGGCGGCCGGCGAAGAAGGUCUCAGUAACAUGGGCCUCGCAACGAUGCGACUCGUUGAUUACAUGUGCAAUCAGCUGAGCUGGACGCUUGGUGUCAUCAACGGCGGCAACGUCGGCUCGAAGGGCGAGGUCCGCGAGCAGCAGAUCAUUUUCAAAGCGCCUCACCCGAUGAAUUUGGUCAGCACCCACGUCAUGGUCGAGCUUCGAUCGGCAGGCUACGUCGAGCUCUGCGGCAGCGAGGCGGGCGCGCUCGCGACGCUCCGGGAGCACUUCGAGAGCCAGUAUGGAGCGGAGGUCGAAGAAGGACAUGAUGAGUUCUGCGACAUUUGCCUCAAGGUUGGCAGCGGCAUGUUCAAGGAGCGGGGGAGAAGUGGUGAGAACAACAUCGGCCAGCUCACCA